GUCGGGUCGCCCGUCGUCCACUCCACCGAAUCUCUCUCUGCAAUUUCCCAAUUCCAAAGGUGGGGAUUAGGAGGGCAUAGCAGAGGGAGAGAGAGAGAAAUCCUGGGAAAGCAGGGAGAGGUGACGUUGGAGGGGCUUCUGGGUUGCAUCAAUGACAUCACGGCGGCUCUGGCCUUCUCGAGGAUGACCGACGACUCGGCGUAUCGCGUGCGGACCACGCCCCGCCUCGCCCAAUGGCGGAUCGACAAUCUCUCCUCCUGCACUUACCGCAAGUCAGACCCUUUCAAGAUCGGUAGAUGGAAUUGGCAUUUAGUUAUUGAGAAGAACAGGACACUGUUCAUCAAAUUGUACCCUGAGAUUUCAAAUUUAACGCGGGAUAACCCUCCUGUUGCAUCUUUUAUCAUUAGAGCAAUCUCGUCCUUUGGAGGCCGCAAGAUUUCAGUUCACCCAGAAGUUGUAGACAAACAACUUAAGACCAGUGAAGACUUCAUUUGGCCAAUUGAACUGCCACCUGCGGGCAAAUUCAUCAUCGACGUUGAAUUUCUUGAUUUGAAGAUCACCUCUCCAAAUAGUAGAGAGCUUAGCUCUAUUUGGGCUGAAGGCUUCACAAAGAAAGAGUCGAAUACGGGUGCCCUAAUAGCCCUAGGCCGGAUGUUCUCUGAAAGGAUUCACACCGACAUUCAAGUAAACACUGCAGGCGGGAGCAUUUCAGCCCAUCGUGCUGUUCUGGCUGCAAGGUCACCUGUUUUCCGAAGCAUGUUCUCGCACGAUCUCAAGGAGAAAGAAAUGUCCAUUGUGGACAUCUCUGAUAUGUCAGCCGAAGCCUGCAAUGCUUUCCUUAGGUACAUAUACGGGACCAUAGAAAACGGAGAGUUCCUGACCCAUCGGUUAGCGCUUCUUCGGGCAGCUGACAAGUAUGACAUUGCUGACCUGAAGGACGCGUGCCAUCAAAGUCUAAUUCAAGACAUUGAUACCGGCAAUGUCCUCGACAGGCUCCAGAGUGCCUCGCUUUACGGGCUCCCAGAGCUGAAGGACAGUUGUAUGCAGUAUCUCGUCAAGUUUGGUAAGAUAUAUGACAUUUCUGACGAUUUCAACACCUUUCUUCAAUAUGCAGAUCGAGAACUCGUGUCUGAAAUCUUCCAUGAAAUUCUCGCUGCCUGGAAAGGGUUUUGAACUACUAAUGCAGAGUAGCUCUCUAGCCUAUUGUUACCUUUCUUACAACAACUAUGCUAGGUGUACCCCAAAAUGUACCCGAAAUGUUUACACUUACAUUUUGACUGCUUACAUUGACACAAAAUGUAAGUUUUAACCUUUGGGGUACAUUUUGGGGCACAACGCUUGGGGUAGAAGUAGAUUUGUUCUUACAAAGAAGGGUGAAAGAGAUUCAUGUGGCAUUUUAAUUACAAUGCAGAUUUUAUUUGACUUUUUAGCAACAUUUGUUCACUGGACGCAUAUUUAGCUUGUUCAAGUGGAAUAUGUCUGUGUAUAAAUAUAUUCAAAAAAAUAAUAAUACCGAAUGAACAGAUCAUUGUGUCUUGUUAACAUGUGUAUUUCUCAUGCAAUUUACAUCAUAUUACUAUUUCAACAUAACAAUAUUGUGUAUAAAAACUAGUUUAAACUAACUUUUUUUUCUAACUUUUCGCUCGAAAGAAUAUCUAAGAACAGGGUAAACUUUGUUAUAAGAUUCAAAAGGUAAACUUUGUACUCCGGUAGCAAACAAAUGAAGCAACUCAUUUCAGAAAUGAAGUCUGGAGGAGAGAGACUCUGGGACAAAUGAGAAGCACGAACAAGAACGUGUGCUGCCUCAUUGGCAGAACGGUACACAAAAUGAAAACUGAAAGCACCACCACUUAUGGCUAAGAGCGUUUUAUAGUCACUAAUAAUGGGAGAGAAAUAAG